CGGAAACGAACGCUUUUGUUUGAUAGGGAGCUUGUUGUACGGAAGCGCCAGGAUCUGCUGCUCCUGAUUUUACGUUUCCGGGUACGGCUGAAGUAAGAACAAUCUAGGCACCUCUGCUGAAGCUAGCUUCUCAGACAACGCACCUUUUACUUGUUUUAUUUUAAUGUCAUGCGGUAUGGAGCAGGGCCUUGAACUCUGCUUUGAGAUAUGAUGUCAAAGAAGUGGACCAAUGGACAUUCUUCUUCAGUACUAAGCUUAAAUGUGAGCAAAGAUGGUCUAUUGGCUUCAGGAGCAGAAGGAGGGGAGCUCACAAUUUGGAAUACUGAAGGAAAUCCUCUGGAACGUGUACGGCUUCAAAAAGCAGAUGAUGUCACUAGCAUUGUAUUUUCUCCCACUUGUUCUAGAAGACUCUAUGCUUCUCAUGGGGAAAUUAUUAGCAUGCUGGAUACCAGAUGUCUCAAGGAGCCAGUUGAAUGUUUCCAUGUAAAUGAGGAAGAGAUCAAUUGUCUUUCAAUAAAUGAAACAGAAAGCUUCUUGGCUGCUGCAGAUGAUUCUGGAGCCAUAAAGAUAAUUGACUUACAAAGCAAGAAGUUGAGUCGCUGCCUUCAACGACAUUCAAAUAUUUGUGCAUCUACUGCAUUUCGACCCCAGAGGCCACAAAGCCUUCUUUCAUGUGGCCUGGAUAUGAAGAUUAUAAUGUGGAACGUGCAAAAAACUCGCCCACUAUGGAUUAUGAACUUGCAAGAAGAAGACCCAUUUGAGCAAGGGAUUGGCCAACUUUUUAACCCACCAUUGAUUCAUUCAUUGUCUGUUUCUACUUGUGGGAAUGUCUUUGGCUGUGGAGCUGAAGAUGGUAAAAUCAGAAUCUUUCGAGUAACAGGUGCCAAAUUUGAACAGGAAGUAGCAUUUAAAGGACAUUCAUUAGGAGUAUCACAGAUUUUCUUUCUGCCAGAAAUGUAUUGCUUUAUUACAGGGGGAAAUGAUGGCAAAGUAUUGUUGUGGGAUGUUAGCAGUGAAAUUGGAAAAUUGAAAAGUCCAAAAAAGGCAAUUCACAAAAAGAAAAAUGCCAUCAAGAAAGCUGACAAGAUGAACCCAGAAUACACAAAUGAAUGCCUAUCCAUUUCACCCAAACUGACCAUUGAACAUGGAGAGAAAGUAAACUGGAUUUCAUAUGUGUCAAUUAAUGGUUCUAAGAGAAUAUUUGUUGCUGACCAAAGUAGCGAUAUAUCAGUAUAUCCUAUUUCUUGAACUCUUCAUAUAUUUAGGUAGGCAGUCAAUCUCUGGUGCAGUAUUUUGAAUCUACUAAUUUUCUGAUGCAUUAUUCCUUCUACCUCCAAUAAAUAAACCAAUUCUGUGUGCUGCUAAAAAUUAUUUUGGUAGUUCAUAUAUAGUACCGCUUUUGGAAUACUAAUUGGUGUGACAUUACUGGUAAGCUUGCAAUAAAAGUUAUGUAUAUGUGAAUAAAGAACUGGGUUUAAAAACAAAAGAAAAAUAAAGAAUUGUCUGUUUUAAUAUAUAUUCUUAUAAAUUCUACUGGCAGAAACAUAUUUAAAAUAACAAUAACAGA